AACUUUACUUCCGUUUUCUCGGCACAGCUGUAUGCAUUCCUUUGUAUGGUUUGUUCCUUGAUGUAAUUAGUUCAACGCGCCAUUUUCUAUUUCUUACGUGGAGUAUAGGAAGGAAUACACGAAUACACUCGAUUCCAGGCUUUUGAGCAAUGGCGGCUCAACAGCUUGAAAGUGUGAGGAGACGGCUUGUAAAUACGUUAUCCAAUCCACUGAUAAAACAGCUCCUGGACGACCUGUUUGAGGACAAUGUCUUGAAUGAUGGGGAAAAAGACGCAAUACUUGAGGAGAAUCCGAGCAGAGCAGACAAAGCUCGCUGUCUCAUUGACAUAGUGAAGAGGAAAGGAGACGAUGCCAGCAGUAAACUGAUCGCUCACCUUCAGGAGAGAGAUCCACUGCUUUAUAAUGACCUGGAUUGGCCCCAGCCUCAGUGACUUUGUAGGAGCACAGCUGUGUCCACUGUCCACACUCCUCCCAGCUGCCAAGACCCAAUCCCCAAGACGUCAACAGUGAAAAUGCUUGUAAUAAAUGAGGUGUUAUAAUAAUCACCACAUUUACUGUUUGUUCUAGACAGACAGACAGAUAGACAGACAGACAGACAGACAGACAGAUAGAUAGAUAGAUAGAUAGAUAGAUAGAUAGAUAGAUAGAUAGAUAGAUAGAUAGAUAGAUAGAUAGAUAGAUAGAUAGAUAGAUAGACAGACAGAUAGAUAGAUAGAUAGAUGGCUCAAGGCUUCACAUUUAAAAUAUUUUAAAAAUAAAACAUUCAAAUUUACAUAGAGGAGGGUAAGAGAAGUGAAAAAAGAGCAACAUAUGAGUUGUGCCUAUGAUAUUACAAAUAGUUAUGGCAGAGGGAAUGAAAGAUUUUUUUGUUGACGUUUUUUCGGGCAAGUGGGACUUUAUAACGUGAUGGAGACUUGUCUCUGCCCCCACAGCAGAGCUGCUGAGCUCCAGAGAUGUGUUAGAAAGAGUCUGGAUCAGACUGCUGACUGUCUGUCAAACAGAGCCUGGGUGUUGUCAGGUGGGCCACCGGAGUCAUGUCAUUCAACUUGAAUUCAUGCAUUUGUAACUUCUCAGCCUGUUAAUGCAUUAAAACCCUGUGGAUGUGUAAUAAAUACACAUUAUCGACA